GCAUUAGUAUCAAACAAAAUGUUUACCAAAAUUGCAGUUCUCUGUGCGGUGGUGGCGGUGUCGAGCGCUGGUCUUUUGCACCACGCGCCUGCCGUGUCUUCCCAGAACAUCAUCCGUCACGACAACGUCCACGAAACACCAGUCCACUAUGAAGCACACGCCGCCCCACAAUACCACGCUGCCCAACAAUACCACGCUGCCCCAGUCCAGAACCAGGUGGUACACGCCGCCCCACAAUAUCAUGCUGAGCCUGCUUACCACGCCGCGCCCGCCUAUCACGCCGCUCCCGUCCACGCCGCCCCUGCUCAUGAAGACCACUAUGUUGAUGAAUACGCGCACCCUAAAUACGGUUACUCGUACUCCGUUGAGGACCCUCACACCGGCGACCACAAGUCCCAGCACGAGACCCGCGACGGUGAUGUCGUAAAGGGCGAAUACUCCCUCCUCCAGCCUGAUGGCUCUUUCCGCAAGGUCACAUACACCGCUGACCACCACAAUGGAUUCAACGCCGUGGUACACAAUUCGCCGCCGGUCAUCCAUCAUCAUUAGACUAACCUGUGAUAUUAGAUUAGGAAAUGUUAGCUUAUACUUCGAAUCUUCUCUAUCUUCGUAUAUUCUUCAACCUCUGACUUAUAAAUUGUUAUGUUAACAGUAUUAGUUCAAAUUCUUAGCCUUCUUGUGUUGUUCUUCAAUCUUGUUGUAUGUUUCUUUGUUUCACUGUACAAUUGAUGAUUGGUUGAUUAGUAUAUAAUAUG